AUGGCCAACCAGUGGAAACCACGUGGCGGUGCAGCAAUGUCCGCCAGGGCGUUAUUCAACCUACGCAACAUCAUCUUUGCCAUUGGGCUGUUCCUGUGUGUUCGAUUUCUGGCGAAUCGAUUCCGGUUUGCGGCACCGAAACACGGAAUCCUGCUAACGUUCCGUCCCACAGAUGAACUGGCGCAGUACAGCAACGUGUACUUUAUCGAAACAUCGGAACCCUUCAAAUCGGUGGCCUCGUUCGAAGCACGGCAUGCAUGCGCCAUCGAAUCGGCAGCUCGGGCCAAUCCUACAAAAAACAUCGUCGUGUUACUUGCAACCUGGGAAGAUUUUACCGACAGUGAGCAGAUACUUGUGCCGGACAUUGUCCCGUUACGCCGGUACCAGAACGUGUACUUUCGGCGACUGGCGCUAGGCCAAUUCGCUCAGGAUUCCGGAAUCGAGCAGAUUCUUAAAGAAAAACAGCUCUAUCAACGAGAUAAUGGUGCCGCUGACCUAUCGGAACUCUUGCGUCUAGCGGUGCUAUUCCGAUACGGUGGCAUCUAUCUCGACCUAGACGUGAUUACGCUAAAGCCGCUGGACUUUGAAAAUCCCAACUUCUUCGGCAUCGAAACAGUGUUUUUUGCGGGUUCGUCCGUGAUGGGGAUGCAGCGAAGUGGUUUUGGUCACAACUUGGCCUACAGCUGUCUCAAAGACUUUCAGUACUUCCACAAGAAAGGCCAGGUGGAUAAUGGAUCCAUUGUGGUCACGUAUAAACUGUUGCAGGCGUGUAACGUGAACUUUGUGCAAGACAUCUUGACGGAAGGAUGUGGGGACCGCUUGAAGGUGUAUCCACGCCACGUGUUUCAUCCUUUCGAUAACAACACCGUACCACUGCUGUUCGAUCCGGACCGUGUGCUGGAAGUCAAGGAUAUGAUUGCCGAUUCGAUUACCGUUCAUUUGCGCCAUCACCACAGUCAGAAUAUAAAGUCGCCAAAGGUGGCCGAAACGGGUUACAACAUGAUCGCCCGGAAGUACUGUCCAAACGUUUACGCCAAUAAUCGGGAAAAUUUAUAA